AUGACGACUAGUACGUCGCCCUCCCUCCUCAUCGCCGCCAGCGCUUUCGCAACUAUCUUCGUCGGAUUCGGCAUCAACGCCAUAUUGCGCCCCGACCACGCCCUCACAUUCUUCGAAUUCGAAGCCCUCGCUACCACUUCGAACAAGGCUCUCAUCGAUGGCUUGACGUUCAUUUACGGUGUGAGAGACAUCUUCAUGGGACUGGCCAUCUACUCAGUCGCGUACUUCGGAGACCGGAAGGCGUUAGGUUGGAUUUUGGUCGCUGGGAGCGGUGUGGCGUAUGCGGAUGGCUUGAUUUGCCUGACUCAAGUCGGGAAUGGGCAGUGGAAUCAUUGGGGGUAUGCGCCGAUGCUGACGGCCGUAGGAGUUGUGCUGCUCGGCGUUUUGGAUGGAGCGUAA